AUGAGUGCUGAAUUCUGAGGCAACCAACAAACAGUCAAACACAAAACAACAUCAAUGGAGGGAUAAGCCACUUGCAAGCUCCAUUAGCGUCAAAGGGAACCCCUCUGCAGUAAUGGUAUGUUCCAUAACCCAGACUCAAUCCAAUGACCUCUGUCAUUGGGCCAUUGAAAAAAAAAUCAACACAGUCAAUUAUUACCGGGGCCCUGGCCUGGCCUAUUACCAUUCCAACAAGAAAAAUAACCUAAUUAUACGACUGCAUGGGGCACAAAUGUUGCAGACUAACCCACUGAAGCACUAGUCUAAAAACUGUGACAAUGGUACAUGUCCCAUGUUGCCUUGAGUGAACUGUUAGUAUGAUACAAGAGGCUUCCCAGAGGUUAUGAGGAGACUGGUGCAGAGGUGAACACACAACUGAACAGCACUUACAUUGUACAUGCAAGAAGCUGCGGAUCGCCUGGGCGGAUCCAACCCCAGAAUGAGCGGAACUGGGAAUGAAUGGCCUUGACAAUGCCUUUGUUGACCAAGGAUGCCAGAAGUAUUUUAUGUUCAUUGCUGCACCACAGAAACUCCGCUGAUUACACACAGGUUCAGUCGUGACCCUGUGCCUGGCUGUAUUUGAGUUUGUCGGCACAAUAUUCUGGCAAUGGGCGAGUUAGUUCAAGGAUCAGAACAGACUUGUAGGAUGUGCGGUGUCACUGAAUUGGGCAAAGCGAGACAAAAGCUCAGAGUGCUACUGUUAGCUUGGCUGUUGAUAGGGUUUGAGAUACAGGGCACCUGGGCCUGUCCCGAGCUGUGUGAAUGUGACGGUCUAACGGUGACCUGCUCCGACGCGACAGAAAUUCCCGUGGACAUUCCUCCUGAAACCACCGUUCUCAUGUUCCCCCGCCAUCGCUUCACCAACCUGCCCGGCUACACCUUUGUCCCCCAUAACCUCCGCAAUCUCAGGGAGCUCCAUCUCCGCAGGGGCAACUUGGAGGUCAUCAACGAGAAUGCAUUCCACGGGCUGCCCGAACUGACCAAGCUGCACUUGGACUACAACAACCUCCAGAACAUAGACGCCAAUGCUUUUGAUAGCUUGGGCAAAGUGGACCACCUAUAUCUGUAUUACAACAAGCUGCAGCGGAUCCGUGCCCGGCAGUUUGUUGGCCUGCCUGCACUGAGGUGGAUGUCACUGAGCUUUAAUGCCCUGACAGACAUACCUGCCAACGCCUUCCAGGGGUUGGAACAUCUCACCACUUUGUACAUCCGCUAUAAUCACCUGUCGGAGCUCGGUGAUUAUCAGUCCUUCAGCGGACUGCACAAGCUACAGAUGCUGAGCCUGGAGAACAACCAUGCCCUGAGGACUGUCGGUGAUGAGACCUUUAGCCAGCUGUACUCCCUGACAGACCUGGAACUAGGAGGCAAUCAACUGACAUCUGACAGCUUCACAGAGGCCACCUUCUCUGGUCUGCACAAACUUCACACCUUGAACUUCCAUAACAAUCCCCUAGGUCUUGUCCCAUCCCUGGCUCUCAAGGCUAUCCCUCAGCUAGACACCCUUCGUCUCACAAGCUGUCAGCUUAGGUCUGUGCGACAAAACGACUUUGAGUAUGCCCCAGACUUGAAACAGCUGUUUCUAGACGACAACGUGGCUCUCAAGCAAAUCCCAGCACACACUCUCAGUGAACUCGAACAGCUGGAAAUCCUUGAUUUCUCUCGAAAUUCCGUGACCGACAUCCUUGCAUUCUCUUUCCAGAAUGCCACCAGCUUAAAGAAGCUGUUCAUUACAGACUCCAAACUGAGUGGCAUUGAGGAGGAUGGUCUGGAUGGCCUGGUAAAUCUGGAUGAGCUGAACUUGUCUAACAAUGAGCUUACAACCCUACCCAAAACUGCUCUGGAUUCGAUACCCUACAGCGACAGUCUAAAGAUUGACCUGGGGGACAACCCUUGGGCGUGCGAUUGUCAUCUCCGAGACUUCCUCCAGUGGGUGGACAAGCAUUAUGAUGCUCCACAGAUACAGCAGAUUUUCAACAUCACUGAGCACCAGCCGAAGUGUCUCAGUCCCCCACAGAAUGCUGGCAGGAGCAUCUUCGACAUCCCCACCCAUGACCUGAGCUGUGAGGCUCCGCCCCCAAAGGACAUUGGCCAUGAGGAGAACCAGCGGCGGGUGACCAUUGGAAGCUGUGUGGGCCUAGCCAUAGUUGUCAUACUGUGCACGGUUCUAUCGAUUUUGUUCUAUCGCCGAAGACAAAGGAAACUACGAGAUAUGCUUCGGCGCUACGGGUCCAGGGACAACGUCAGCUCAUUUCCACUGGACGAUAAUGUAUCAAUUUGAUGGAAAUGUCGUUAACUUCUGAAGACAAAUAACACUGAUGAUUACCUCUUUUUGUAAUAUUUACAAAUAUUUACAAAAUUCAGUGUACAUGUUUGUGCCCAUGUGGUGCAUUUUUGUUGGUCAUUUGUUUGCAUUGGAUGAAGAUGCAUAAGCAAGCACAUUGCUUCUAGUAAGGUGUUUUAUGGCGUAAACAGAAUAUCUGAUGAGAGUUACACGCACUGUACAUGUAUUCCUUAAAUUGCAAUGCUUUAUGCUCUUGAAUCUUGCUAAUGAGAUGUACACUACAUUUACUCAAAAAAGGUUAAGGACCAUUUUUUCUUAACUUGUAAUUUUUGUCCAAGCAAUGAGUGGGGUCUAGUUCCUUCAUUUUUGUUUGCCUAGAUAGU